UGUCAAGUGCCUUAUAUAAAAAACAACAGGUCACGGGUUUGAGUUUGGGAAUCAAUCUCUUCAAAAAAUUGAGGGUAAAGUUUCCUACCAAUCGCCUCUAAUAGACCAAGCAAAAGGUGGAAGCUUGUAAACUGGGUGUGACUGUGACCUUUUUUUGGAUGAGUAUGGUAGUGAGAUGGCAAAUGGGUAGAACUGAUGUUGUCAUGAUAAAGAAUGAAAAGAAACUGAUGAGGCAACAAAAAGAUGAGAGUAAUUAGGGAUAUGGUUUUUGAGGCUAGGAAUUAGGAUUUGAAGGCCUUUAUUUGCCUGUUAUCAUCUGAAAGAAUUAAAUAGUGUGAGGGAAUGAAGAGUUGAGAGGAUAUGACUAGAAGAUGUAAACUUUUAAUUGGACUACUUUUGAGGCAGACUAUGUAGUUGUGUUAUUGCGAGACAUGUGAAGACGUUCUAAAUUGAGAUCGAGUUGAAAGGUGCUUCCUAUUUGCUACCAUCAAAGAGACUAGUACAGUUAUCAGGAUGGUGUAUGAACUAACUGAGCAAAAAAAGAUUGGUUUGGGUCUCAUUGGUUUUGGUAUCGUUUUUACAUUUCUUGGUGUAGUUCUAUUCUUCGACAGGGGUUUACUUGCCCUUUCAAAUAUAUUUUGCUUGACUGGGGUAGCCCUUUUGCUUGGUUGGCGUUCAACGUGGAACCUUUUCACUAACAGAGCAAACUACAAGGGUUCUGCAGCUUUUCUUCUAGGGCUCUUUUUUCUUUUUGUUCGGUGGCCAAUAGUUGGUAUAAUCCUACAAAUAUAUGGUUGUAUUGCUCUCUUUGGCGGUUUUUGGCCAUCUGUCAAGGUGUUUCUCUAUCAGAUUCCAGUUUUAGGAUGGAUUAUACAGUAUCCUGUUCUGCAGCUUCUUGAUCGCCUGAGGGGCUCUAGUUGAAAACCUGUUGGGUUCUGAUGACUGCUUUUGAAGUAUGCCAAUUUAUGCUUACCUAAUACAAAUCGGCAUCUGAAGGUUUGACAGCUGAUUGCAAUCCAUUGUCAGAUGUGUAAAAGCGAAGGUAUAGGCCAUGUUGGUUCCACUGAAAACGGGCUGUAUUUUUUUUUUCAUUUCCUGUUUUCUAUGGGCCCCAUCACCCAAAAACUUGUUUGGGUUUGUGUUUUGUUCUCAGUAUUGAAAUGUGGAUAUGAAAACAAAAUAUGAGAACAACUUUUCUACAUUUUUGGAUUCAGGAAAAUGAGUUCAGUUGCAUAUUUUUCAAAAACUCAA